AUCCAUAGAGAUCGAAGGCACUGAAUUUGAUAAGAAAUCUUGAACCUGGUAUUCCAUAAGGUUCUCGGCUUUACUACUUUCUCUCUCCGGUGGUUUUUACUUGCUCCAACAUCCACAAAUUAAUCAAAAAUAUUUUUAAAUCCAUGUCAGACCAAGUAGACCUCCACGUGUCAAAAACAUAUCCUCGAAUUGCAAGCCUCUGGUUUCUAUUAUGUAGCCAAUCCCACUCAAGUGGCGGGUUAAUCGUAAAGAAGCAAAGCUUCUGAAAAAUGGCGGCAACUGUUGCCUUUUCUUCCCCUAAAUCAACCAUUUUGCAAAAUCCAAUCUUUCCGAGAGACCCAACUUGUAAGUUUUUUGGUGGGUCGUUGAAGGGUCUUUGCUUACAGCAGAGUCCAAGGAGCAAAAGUAGAGAUGGAAUCGGUUUGGUCGUUGCCUCAGCAAAUCCAACCGUCACGACCAGCAACAGUAACAGCACUUCUGACAGGUUUUACUUUAAUUUCACUGGCUUCCCGUUCCCUCUUGGUCCUUUCCUUAAGAGGCGCACUAUUAGGAAGGAGGCUGUGAAAGGCAGUAUAUGGUUAUUUGAACAAGAGCAAGCAUUAGGCUUCAGUAGUGUCUCAACGAACAUUAGAAUGACAGUCAUCAAACUCAAAUCUGGUGGAUUAUGGAUCCAUGCACCCAUUGCUCCAACCAAGGAAUGCAUUCAGCUUGUAGAAGAGCUAGGGGCUCCGGUAGAAUACAUUGUUCUGCCUACAUUUGCAUAUGAGCAUAAAAUAUUUGUUGGCCCAUUUUCUAGAAAGUUCCCUCGGGCUCAGGUAUGGGUUGCACCUAGGCAAUGGAGUUGGCCCUUGAAUUUGCCUCUGGCAUUUUUCGGGAUCUUCCGUGCAAAAACCUUACAAGAUGAGGAUUUUACCACCCCAUGGGCUGAUGAGAUUGAACAGAAAAUUCUAAGUUCACCAGAAGUUGGUAUUGGACCAUAUGUGGAGGUAGCUUUCUAUCAUAAACGUUCAAGAACGUUACUGGUAACUGAUGCUGUAAUAUUUGUUCCAAGGCAACCGCCUGAGUGUAUUAGUAAAGAAUCCUUGUUAGCAUCUGCAAAGAAUGGUUUGGCUGUAAAAAUUCUUAGUAAAGGAAAAGAAGUCCCAAAGGAACCUGUAGUUGACAACAAGCUGAACCGUCAAAAAGGGUGGGAAAGAAUGGUUCUCCAAAUCUUAUUUCUUGGUCCAUCAAAUCUGUUGGAACCCAAUGCUAGCUUUGCUCAGAUGUCACAGAAGCUGAUUGUUUCUCCCAUUGUAAAGACAUUAGUCUUCAGCAAAGUUCCUGAAAAGGUGAGGGAUUGGAUCGACAGUAUUGUACGGGACUGGAGGUUCAAGAGGAUAAUCCCUGCUCAUUUUGCUGCUCCAGUUAAUGCAAGCAGGUCUGAUUUCUUAGCUGCAUUUGCUUUCCUGGAUGAUCUUUUGGGUGAGCGGUAUGUCACUCGGCCUACACUGUCUCUUUUCUUCACCUCACUCAUGGGGAAAGCUGCCAGUUACUUCCCUCCAGAUGACAUGAAAACCCUAUCAUCCCUUGACCAGUUUUUAGUCUCAGUGGGAGCUGUGAAGAAAACUGUAUCAGGCAGGAAACAAUGACGACGUGACAUGGACAAAUUUUCCCACCGAUCAAUUUUUCACAAAGUAAAAUUUGUAACACCUGUAUAUCUUAGGCUACAAUGAAAGUUGGUUCACCAUGAUUUUGUUCUCCACCUUUGAAAAAAAAAAAAAAAAAAAAAAAAUUGCAUCAGCUGAUCUGUAUAAAACAUUAUUCACAUAGAAAAGUAAAGACGCAAUAGAAAGUUCUCUUAUAGUGUUUUGCUUGGAAA